AUGGCCAUGCGUGCCAAUCGUGAUACAUUCCUGCCCGAGCAUUUGUGGGACAAGGAGGUGGAUGUCGUCGAGAAUGACAUCCUCCAAACGUCGCCUCUCGGCCUAGAUCAAUCCUUGGAACCUCAAACCGGCAGGAAAUCGCCCUUCUCACUUCCUAUUCCAGUCAAAAUACCUAUAGGCGAGCGAACACUUCCCAAAGCAGUACAACAACUGCGCGAAGGGCACAUAGAGAAGAUUUUACACAUUGGAAACCCUAUCUUAUAUGCUGGAAAGUCCAGCAAGCUGGAGAUGGAUGGAUUGGACUUGAAAAUUCGCCAGGUUACACAAAAGUGUUGA